CCCCACCUUCUCCCUUGUCUCUAUAUCUCACAUUUCUCAUAAGGCUCUCAGAUCCCAUCUCUCUCAUUUUUCAUUGCAAUCUCUUAUUAUUAUUAUUAUUAUUUUUCUUAUUAUUCUUUUUCCAUAAUCAAGAGCUUCUAAGCAUGAGUCAAUACCCACCUCCAGGAAAUCCGACGCCGCCACCUGGGCAAAGCUACCCCCCUCCGGGGCAAAGCUACCCGCCUCCGGGGCAAGGCUACCCACCUCCGGCCGAAGUGUACCCUCCGGCCGCAUACGUUCCACCACCACCAGCAGCUACUUACCCUGUGAAAGAUGGUUUUAGUGAUCCCCAUCAAGCUCCUCCAGUUGAAAAUAAGGACAAGGGUGAUGGAUUUUUGAAAGGAUGCUGUGCAGCCUUGUGUUGUUGCUGCCUCUUGGACAUGUGCUUUUAAGGGCUGAUAGAGAUUUGGUUUUUCUUUUCUUUUUUUAUUUAUUUUCCUUUUUUAUUUUAAUAAUUUCUUUUUCUAUCAUGUAAUUUAAUGAUGUGAUGUGGGAUAAUCUCUGUUUGAGUGUAUCAUUACCUCUUAUUCUCUUAUGAAAAAUAAUCCAAUGCUCUUAGUUGAA